AGGACGGCGACGGAGCGCAGGGAGCCCGGGGGAUGCUCUGCGGUGGGCACGGACACUGAGGCUGCCGGCGCGGUGCAUGGCAGAGCCAUGGAGGUGGUGGACGAGACGGAGGCUCUGCAGCGCUUCUUUGAAGGCCAUGACAUUAAUGGAGCUCUGGAACCAUCCAACAUCGACACCAGCAUCCUGGAAGAGUACAUCAGCAAGGAGGACUCACCAGAUAUCUGCUUCCCUGACAUCCCUGCUUCAGCCAGCUAUGCACACCCCCAGCCCUCCAGCUCAACCACCAUCAACGCGCCUCUUCCCAGCUCCAUCGCCAAUGUGACCAACCCCACUUCCAGUGGGUCCCUCCACCUUCCACCCCCGGGCAGCCAGAUCCCAAUGCGGCAUGGUCCUCUUCUGGCCAACCCUUGUGGACCGGCCUACGGUGCUCACCUCAACUGCAAUAACAACAAUGGCAUGGUGGUCCCCAAGGGUUACCUUGGUGGCCACUGCCUAAACAACGUGGUCCCUCCAAUCAAAUCAGAGCCUAAGGCUUCCUACGCACCUGGCACUUUGCCUGACUCUCCCCCGGAUUCUGGAUCAGAAGCUUACUCCCCUCAGCAGGUGAAUGAUCCUCACCUCCUCCGGACCAUGACCCCCGAGAACAUGUGCCACAUGACUCCCCCUUCUCGCCUGGAGCAUCCUCCUCCUCCUCCCCCUCCACCACCACCACCCCCCCAUCUCCCAGGUCCUCCUCCUCCUCCUCCUCACCCGCACCAGCAGCAGCACACCCCGCACUACCCCAGCCUGCAGCGGGACAUGUACAUGAAGGCUGAGCCCCUGCUGCCACCAUAUGGCAUCGGGCAGGGGAUGGCCCCUGCUGACCUCCACCAUGCCCAGCAGUCGCAGAUGCUGCACCAGCUUCUCCAGCAACACGGAGCAGACCUCCCGGUGCAUCCCGCCAAGAAGAGGAAACACUCGGAGUCUCCCCCCAACACCCUCAAUGCCCAGAUGCUCAACGGGCUGAUAAAGCAGGAGCCAGGGAUGGGGUCGGUGCCACUGAACCCUGAUAGAGUCCAAACACCUCCCUGGCACCAGCCAGGAGCGCUCUCACCAGGCCUCAUCCAAGAUAACGACAGCUUGAACGGCUCCUACUUGGAUCCCAACUACCAGUCUAUAAAGUGGCAGCCACAUCAACAGAACAAGUGGGCAACGCUCUAUGAUGCCAACUACAAGGAACUCCCGAUGCUCACGUACCGCGUCGAUGCUGACAAAGGGUUCAACUUCUCUGUGGGUGACGAUGCCUUCGUGUGCCAGAAGAAGAACCACUUCCAGGUCACGGUCUACAUCGGCAUGCUUGGAGAUCCCAAGUAUGUGAAGACCCCCGAGGGACUGAAACCCUUAGAGUGCUUCUACCUGAAGCUGCACGGAGUGAAGCUAGAGGCCUUGAACCAGUCCAUCAACAUAGAGCAGUCGCAGUCUGACCGCAGCAAACGGCCCUUCAACCCUGUGACGGUCACCCUGCCUCCAGAGCAGGUCACCAAAGUCACCGUGGGGCGGCUGCACUUCAGCGAGACCACAGCCAACAACAUGAGGAAGAAAGGCAAACCCAACCCGGACCAGAGGUACUUCAUGCUCGUGGUAGCCUUGCAGGCACAUGCACAGAACCAGAACUACACACUGGCUGCCCACAUUUCAGAGCGCAUCAUUGUCAGAGCCUCCAACCCUGGCCAGUUUGAGAGCGACAGCGAUGUGCUUUGGCAGCGGGCACAGCUCCCUGACACCGUGUUCCACCACGGCCGGGUUGGCAUCAACACGGACCGCCCCGAUGAAGCCCUCGUGGUCCAUGGCAAUGUGAAGGUCAUGGGUUCGCUGAUGCAUCCUUCAGAUGCCCGAGUGAAGGAGGACAUCCAGGAGGUGGACACCACAGAGCAGCUGAAAAGGAUCUCCCGGAUGCGGCUGGUGCAUUACAACUACAAGCCUGAGUUUGCAGCCACAGUGGGCAUUGAGAACACCUCGGAGACAGGUGUCAUUGCUCAGGAGGUGAAGGAGAUCCUCCCCGAAGCUGUGAAGGACACCGGGGACCUGGUCUUUUCCAAUGGGAAGACCCUUGAGAACUUCUUGGUGGUGAACAAGGAGCGCAUCUUCAUGGAGAACGUGGGAGCUGUGAAGGAGCUGUGCAAGCUGACAGACAACCUGGAGACCCGCAUCGAUGAGCUGGAGAGGUGGAGCCACAAGCUGGCCAAGCUGAAGCGCUUGGACAGCAUGAAGUCAACCGUGAGCUCUGGGGCAUUCAGCCAAACUGGAAGCCAGUUCAGCCGUGCGGGAAGCGUGCCCCACAAAAAGAGGCCCCACAAAGUAGCCAGCAAGUCACCAUCAGUUGUCCCAGAGCAGGCGUGCAUCAGCCAGCGCUUCCUGCAGGGCACCAUCAUCGCCCUGGUCAUCAUCAUGGCAUUCAGUGUGGUGUCCAUGUCCACGCUCUACGUGCUGAGCUUGCGCAGUGAAGAGGACCUUGUGGAUAUUGAUGGCUCCUUUGCUGUGCCCACUGCCUGUCUCCUGGCCCUCUUUCGGUACAGGGGUCCUGUGGUCCCGGUCGCUCUGUGUCCACGGUCAAGCCAGAACCUUGAUAAAACACAGACAGUGAGAUCCACGGCUGCAUCGGGUGGAGCCGGCAGCAGGAUCCCCACACACCACGCCGCAGGGGACACACAUGACCUGCUCCUGGGCUCAGCUGCUCCCAGCGUGUCAGCCUGCUUCAGCCCCCCCUGCUUCUCCACGUGCUGCUCUGCUGCUCCCACCAACGCCUCCUCUGUUACCCUCUCUGAGACCAGCCCCACUCAUGCCACCAACCGGACAGACCAAAGCCAACCCUCCCUCCUGCCCGUGACUAACAUCAAAGGCAAAUCCAGGGGCAUCCCAGGGAAAGCGACUUCCUACGCCAAGUGGCCCAAGACACCAGACAGGUCUCAGAGCUUCGGCAGCCCCAAUGCCAGCCCCUCUUCCCCCUUCACCCACAGCAAAGCCAAGGACAUCUCCAACCUCUCGCUGGGGCAGCCCCGGCAGCAGCGCAGCAUCAAGCAGCCGCUGAGCCAAUGGCCCCGUGCAGAGGAGCCCAGCUCGGGUGGAUCAAGCCCAGUGCUGCUCUCCAUCCGGAUCCUGGAGAUCAAUAUGGCCAUUGAGUCCCAGCACUGUGCGGCUGCUGACACAUGCAGGACUGGAAACUUCACCUACCGCAUCCCCAUCAGCCAGCUCACAGCAGUGAAUACCAACCUAACCCUGGAGAUGAACUCUUCCUCUGCUGUGUCCAUCUCCCUUUGUGGCCUUGUCUCCAGUGACCCCUGCCAGGAUGCUGAGAGCAGGAACAGCUCCACCGAUGCCACAGGCACACAGGAAACCACGCACCGCUGGCCUCUCGUGAUGAUGUCUUUCCGGGAGUUCACCUACCACUUCAGGGUAGCACAGCCUGGCCAAGCCAACUGCAGCACAGCUUCUGAGCAGAUGGGCCACCUUUUCACUGACUAUUACCUUCAGUUUUACUGGCUCUGUGAGUGAGUCCUGGCAGCACCAGUGCCCUCUGCUUGGAGAGAGGAAGGGGGACUGGUGACUCUGGGGAAGACUCCUGUGUGCCCUCCUCUGCUAGCCCCCAGCCCCACAUCACCCCCAGCUCCUGUGUGGGGCUGGUUUGGCUGUGACUGGUGCCACAGGCACUGAAGCAUAUGCAGAACAUGGGACCUAAGCCACAGAAACACAACCAGCCCCUUGGUAUCUCCUGGGCUCACCUCACCCUGACUUCCACCAUCCCAAACCUGUGUCCCCAUCCCUUACUGGGAUGCUUGUGUCCUCCAUCGCUUCUCCUUCCCCUUGCAACACUGGAUUUGAAAGCAUUACACUGGACAGGUCUGCCCACGGAUGGGAGCUCCAUCCUGUGCUGGCCCUGAUGUACCACAUCACAACACUGGAAUUGCUCAACACUGGAGCCCUUUCCAAGAGCACAACGCUGGAGUUUGGCUUGGAAAGGCAGGCUGUGCCUGGACUUACUGGAAGUCAUACACUGGAGUUGCUGUUCCUUCUGGUUGGCCCAGGGCCACCCCUCCAUAGCCCCCUGACCCCUGGACCUGGAAUGGACUCUCUAUGGACAAUGAGAGAAGGUGCAGCUUCAUUUUUAGCCCCUUCUGUCCCCCUCCUUGCUGGACUCUUUCACCCUACCCAGGUCUGGCUGGAUGAACCCCACUAAAGCUGCUGCUGAGGCUGUGCCCAGGCCAUACCAUGCGUGAGGACACUUCCCAUCAAUGACCCUGAGUCACCUGCAUUAAAUGUGGUGGGACCCCUUCUUACUGUCAUUUGGCAGCAGUGUGUGGCCUCUUGCAGUGCGUGGAGCUGCCAGGUUGACCCAGCCACCCAGGUGAUGUGCAUGAGAGACCCCUGGCAAAGCCUGGUGGCACCAUGCAGAGCAAGGGUGAGUCCCUGGGGACAUGUGAGGUGGCUUCACUGGCUACCAGCUCCUUGCCAGGCACUGAAGAGGCUGAUUGUCACCCCCAAAGGGGCAAUGGCAGUGACUGUGUGUCCUCGCUGGCACUGUUGGCUGAAAGCAGACAAGUGUAUUUUGGGUAUUUUACUGUUACAAGUUCUUAACUUGCUAAACUACUGAAUUAGUUUGGGUUUAAACUGUAUAAAAAUGGGUCUUUUACUUC